UCAUUCUUAAUGGAAAUUAUAGCUGUAGGACUCCGUCACCACUACACACAUUUUUCAUUAAUCAAUAAUUUCCCCUCCUUAUCUUUCUUUUUGUCUUUUUUUCAAUAAAUUUGUUUUCCAUCCUGCCUCUAUUGUACCAAAAUUUAAAGAUGAUGUUAAUGACGAAUAAGAUGGUGCGACGAGCAUUUGCGGCACUGAUGUAUUUGCUGAUGUCAUCGCUGGCGAAGGUGGAGGCGAUGAUGCGAAGACGGAGACAAAGGCAGAGUGAAAAUGAUAACAACGACGGUUAUUGCCUGAGCUGGAGGUUAGGAGUGGAGGCCAACAAUGUGCGGUCGUGGAAGACAGUGCCACUGGAAUGCUACAAUCACGUGCAGCAGUACAUGACUGGUGGUCAGUACCUGCAGGAUAUGAACCUCAUCGCGACAUUCACUUAUAGAGAUAAUUAUAUGUGCAGAUGCGAUCCAUUUGAUUCAGCAAAAUUUAAGGCAUGGAUUAUGAAGGGAAUGUGUCCAGCAAAUCCUGCCGUAUUACAAUUGUUCAAAACACUAAGAGAGAGAGGAUUCAAGGUAUUCUUGCUAACUGGAAGAGACCAAGCAACACUUGGUAAAAUUACCACUGACAACUUGCAUAACCAAGGUUUCAUUGGUUAUGAACGUCUUAUUUUGAGGACGGCAGAAUACAAAGGGCAAAGUGCAGUGAGAUACAAGUCAGCAAUUAGGAAGGAGAUUGAAGGACAAGGUUACAGGAUAUGGGGCAACGUUGGAGACCAGUGGAGUGACCUCCAAGGAGAGUGUUUGGGCACUCGUACUUUCAAGCUCCCAAAUCCCAUGUAUUUCAUUUCUUGAUGAAUUACCUCAUCAACUUUUUUUUUUUGCUAAUUAAUCCCUCUAUAUAAUUCAAGUAUCCUACCUCUCAAAUGGUUGUUAUUGGUGGUCCAAAAUGAUUUUUCCCCAAUUUGUACUCAGGAAAUUAUGCUUAGUUUGGCCACUCAAUUAAUUUAGAGCUUUUCCGUAUUAUUAGCCGUAUUUUAAAUUUUAAAUAAUAUAUCACUAUGCUA